GCACUGAUCACUCCUGAUCACAAGUACUUAUCGUACUACUAAUCGCUCUCUUCUUGCAUUGCAGCUCCCAUCCUAGACUAUGCCCGAACCCAAGCAACCCCUCCAUCCUUCCAUUAUUCCUCGUCUCGAUCCAGAAUAUCUGGAGUUUCACAACAGCACACUGAUUUAUAUAACGCCUCCGCACACACUACCCUCGUGGGAUCCUACUUUGAGGAACGCGCCUGCAGUUCCGGGUGGCUCACCAUUGUUGCCUGUUGGUAAGACACAGGACUUUAAACUAACUCAUUGUGAUUUUCGGGCUUUCACUCCCGAGGGAGAAGCCCCGACAUCAGGGUGGCCGCUACUUAUUUACUUCCACGGAGGUGGAUGGACAUUCGGCAAUAUCAACAGCGAAAACUCUCUUGCCACCAACAUGUGUGUUCAUGCUAAAUGCGUUGUCAUGUCCGUGAACUACCGUCUUGCUCCGGAGGAUAAAUAUCCACUUGCUGUAGAAGAUGCUAUGGAAUCGCUGUACUGGGCGACUGAGAAUGGGAAAUAUCAGCUCAACAUAGACCCGACUAGAAUCGCUGUCGGUGGGUCCUCCAGUGGCGGAAAUCUCGCUACUAUCCUUGCCCUCAAGGCCGCAGAAAUGCAACCCCCCAUCCCACUUAUCUUCCAGCUCCUCAUCGUUCCUGUCACCGAUAAUACAGCAUCCGUCGAAACCCUUUGGAAAGAGAACGAACAUACCGCAUGGCUUACUCCGGCAAGGAUGAAUUGGUUCAAGUCAAAUUAUCUUCCAGAUCCCAGAGACUGGACGAAAUGGGACGCAUCGCCUGCAUUUGCGCCGAAAGAACUGCUGGAAAGGGUACCCAAGGCUUGGAUCGCUGUUGCAGAAUUGGAUAUCUUAAGGGAGGAGGGUAUUCAGUAUGGGAAAAAGAUGAAAGAGCUCGGCGUCGAGGUAGAGACAGUGGUGUACAAGAGCGCGCCGCACCCAAUUAUGGCAAUGGACGGUGUGCUCAAGAUCGGGGCAAAGUUGGUUUCGGAUGCGGCCACUGCGCUUGGAAAAGCUUUCGGUACGAUAUAGCUUGUAGCUGUUCACUAUUAGGGCUCGGAACUGUUACCCUGGCUUGUCGGUGCAUACAGGACG